AUGCUCCACUCACGAGUUGACGCGUGCCGGUACGACACCUAUGCACAGCUUCCAAGGCCACUGCCAGACCUGGGAUCACCGGUCAACGGCAAGUUCUCGUCGUCUUCGUUGGGCUGCAGCGUGUACGCAUACACAAGUCCACGCGGCUCUGCCCAUCACAGCUCAAUUCCCAUAUUUUUCAUUUCUUCUACUGUUUUAGCUUCAGAGUUUAUUCAAUUUCAAGGUAUGUGCGUGUCCCUCUCCCUUUACUUUCAUUUCUGAGAGAUCUUUCUUUCUAGGGUUACCUUCCAACACCUUACCAGCAAAGUACGGCAAGUAUAAUAUCAAUAUUCAAUACCCACCACCGACCCUUUUGAAUUUAUCUUCUCUACGUUUAUGUUUUUACUUUUCGUAUUCUAAUUUCUGGCAGUUCGAAGCUAAUUUGGGUUUUUGACCUACCCCUGGUUGGAUAGUGUUUGAGGGGUUUCUUUAGUUGAAGGUCCAUAACCUGAAUUUGUGAAUCUAAUUGUUCUAUUUUUUAAAUAUAUAUUCCGUUUGAUGAAGUCUUACGAUUAUUGACCUCCGGUUUUUUGGAAUUGAUUGUUUCGAUGGUUGUUGUGUAGUCUGUGUUUAGAAAUACUUGAUUUUUACUGGCGGUUUUAUUUUGUUGGGUGCGAUUGUAUUGAAGGAUAUGCACUUAGUUGUUGGUGAUAGUUGUAAAGUUUUUUGGGUGGUUUGACAUUUCUUAGCUUGGAUUUCAUUUUGGAGAUUUUGGAAUUUUUGGAUAAUUAAAUAUUGAGUUAUGGGUUUCAUGCUAGUUUGUCCAUCCAGGUAUUUUAUUCCAAAUAUCUGAAGGAUGUCCCAACCCAAACCUUCUUGGAAAAGGAUCAUGCACGGAUUUGGAUUUUCGUGACACCAGAGGAUCUUUGCAGCAAAAAAAAAAAAAAAAAGCUUUGGUGUGCUUUGAUCAGCCUGAAUCAGAAUACUGGUGCUUUAGGAAAUUUUAAUUGGAGUGUCAGAUUUGUAUUAGGGAGCGUGUUCAUGUUCUAAAAAUGAAAACGGCUGGAGAGACCAAUUAUACUCCUCUAUUUAAUGUUUUAGAAGGCAACUACAGGAAGAAAAAUGAAACGGUCUCAAACAACAAGAAUUCCGAGACUUUGGAAAGUUUAAAACAUGUAAAAAUUAGCAAACCUCCAAGGCAUCGCUCUGGGAUACAGCAUUGCGUGAGCUCCACUCGGUUGGCCUCUGCUGCUGAAUUGGAAUUGGAUAUUGGAUUUCUUAGCAUAAAGACACCAACCAUUGAAAAUUCGGUAUUUGAGCCUGUUUUUCGUUCAGGAAGCUGCUCUGAGAUUGGACCAAAACCUUAUAUGGAGGACGAACAUAUCUGUGUAGAUGAUCUUCUUGAACAUCUAGGUGUAACUGCAAACUUCUCUUCUCCUGGAGCUUUCUAUGGGGUUUUUGAUGGCCAUGGUGGUACUGAUGCUGCUUUAUUCAUCAGAGAGAACAUUCUUAGGUUUAUAGUUGAGGACUCUCAUUUCCCGAUGUGUGUAAAGAUGGCUACUAAGAGUGCUUUUCUGAAAGCUGACCAUGCCUUUGCUAAUUCUGUUUGUCUUGAUAGUUCCUCUGGCACCACAGUGCUAACUGCCCUUAUGUUUGGAAGGACAAUGAUUAUUGCCAAUGCUGGGGAUUGUAGAGCUGUGUUGGGAAAACGAGGUAGAGCAAUUGAGCUGUCUAAAGACCACAAGCCGAAUUGCCCCUCUGAAAGAUUGCGAAUCGAGAGACUGGGGGGAGUUGUGUACGAUGGCUACCUUAAUGGCCAACUGUCAGUGGCACGUGCCCUUGGAGACUGGCACAUGAAGGGCCCAAAAGCCUCCUCCUGCCCCUUAAGUGCAGAGCCAGAGCUGCUGGAAAUGGUCCUGACUGAGGAAGAUGAGUUCCUGAUAAUGGGCUGCGAUGGCCUUUGGGAUGUGAUGAGCAGCCAGUGUGCAGUUACAAUUGUAAGGAAAGAGUUGAUGCUGCACAAUGAUCCCGAGAGAUGCUCGCGAGAACUAGUCAGUGAGGCUCUUAAGCGCAACACCUGUGAUAAUCUGACCGUUGUGGUUGUCUGCUUUUCCCCAGACCCACCCCCUCGCAUGGAGAUCCCAAAAUUUAAACUUAAAAGGAGCAUAUCUGCAGAAGGUCUGAACCUCCUUCAGGAGGUCUUGGAAAGCAAUGUGUGAUAAAUUGGGAUUGGAUGGUCGAUGGCUUGUGUAGGAGAAUUCUAGCAUGUUUAGUAUUUUCAAAGAGUUGAUGGUACUAGUGAUGAGUUUGUAAAGUGUGGCUGUAUAUUCCAAGAUCAAAUUAUUUGGGUGUAUCAUUUUCUGUUGUCCUGAACCCAAAGCCCUGUAACAUAUUUAUUUAUUUAUUUAUUUAUUUUUGUGCGA